AUGCAGAAUCUCUCAAAACAAGACAAAAAGCGUGCCCAGGACCGAGCUGCCCAGCGAGCAUCCAGGUCCCGUACCAAAGACCGGGUGGCUCGCCUGGAGCUUCAAAUCGCUCAGCUCCAGGGGGGUGCCGACCAGGCCCUACUGGAGCAAGUGAAUAACAUGCGCCAGGAACGUUCGCAACUCCGGACCUUGGCGGAUCAGCUGCUGAACAUUGCCGGGGCUGUGCAUACCACGCUGGUCUCCAAGGAUGAUGCGCCUUCGUCGGGGCCAUCCGCCCGGACAAGCCUCCUGGGGGACAUUGUUCGAGACUACGAGGCCCUCAAGACCACUCACCCCGCACCAAUCAUGCCGCUAACUGAUCCUCAUCCCAUCCUGGUCGGUGUUCUGAACGGCUGGAACGCCCCAGUGGCUGACCAGGAGGAGCCGGUCCAUCGCCUCAUGGCCCAUUUGCAUCGUAAUCUCAUGCUCGAGCGGCCUCUGGUCCGGCCCAUUGACCAACUUGCCAUUCUCUACUUGAUGCAGAUGUCUCUUCUAAUCCUGCUUGCUCAACACGAUACAUACCGAGUGUAUCUGGGCCACAUCCCUGGCUGGUUGUAUCCCAUGCCCCAGUUACGCAGGCAUCUCCUCUCGCAGCCGGACGUCGUCAACUACAACACCCAGCCGUGCAACGACUUUGCCACGCUGACCCUGCGUAGCGUGGUUUUCGUGCCCGAAUUGAACUUCGAAGAUGCCUACAUCGUCGGCCCCGACCACCGGCUAACCCUAACUCCGCGAUUCAGGCAACUGUUUGCUCCAACCGCCCCCGUGUCGCCUUUUGCCGUCAGCCCGGACUUUGUCGCCCAGUAUCCGACUCUGCGUGGCCUCGUUCCGGAAUGGCAACCCCCUGAUCGCCGGUCCCACCGGUCUCGACCUGAGAUUCCCCAACGUCUCAUCGCGCUGCCGAGUCUUUCGCCUUCCACUGACUCAGGUGCCUGCAACGACCGCCAGACACCCGACCAGCAAAAUGAUGACCUACGGGAUACCCAGGCUGGCUCGUCCUUGACUCCGUAUGCCGACCUAUCGACUUCAGGGGUGGGCGAUCUGACAUUUCCAUCCUCAAUCUCCGUCCCACCCGCCUCUCCCACGCACAGUGUGUUCGCGGGUGAGCCCAUGGGGAACUGGUAUGAAGCUCUGGGAUUCUUGGCGGAAACCGACUCUGUUCCCGCGUGGCUGCUAGAACCUGUUGGCGAAAAGGCUGAUGAAUUGUGA